AUGGAGAAGCAGAACAAAGUGCUGCUACUGGGAAUAUGGGCGAGUCCAUACACAAAAAGGGUAGAGCUGGCACUCAACCUUAAAGGCAUAUCCUACGAGUAUGUUGAAGAAGAUAUGUUUAACAAAAGUCCAUUGGUGUUCAAGCACAAUCCUAUUCACCAAAGGCUUCCAAUACUUCUUCACAAUGGAAAUCCCAUUGUUGAGUCGCUUGUCAUCAUUGAAUACUUGUUUGAGACAAUGGUUAAAGUUUUGAAAUCUGAAGGAGAAGAACAAGAAAAAGACAUAAACAAGAUGUUGGAGACAAUAAAGGUGUUGGAGGAGGGAGUGAAGGACAUUUUCCCAGAUGACAACAACGUGGGAUACCUUGACUUUGUAAUAUGUUCAGUGUUUAGCUUCCAUGUUGCCAUGGAAGAGGUCCUUGGGAUUAAAAUGGUAGACUCGGAGAAGACCCACUGCUACACUCUUGGGUGA